CGAUAAUACGUUUCGGAUGGGUUUCUGUUUACCUAGGAAGCCUGGCUCCAAGCUGAAAUGUUCAUGUCCAUACGUUAAGAGGUUAAUUUAACUGUUAACGAUUUCUGAAUUAGGAGAACAUUAACUACGUUUAAGAGUGGCUCCUAUGGGGCGAUUAGAGUAGCAAAUCCACACAUGAAGGAAACCCAAGGAAGAACAUGUGCAAAUCCAUUCAUGUUCCAUUCAGCUGAAGUUCACAACUUGUAAUUCCCAACAUCCAUCCAGGAAAAGCUACGCUCACUCUAGCAGAGACAUGACUGAUGAUUCCGAAGGUGUUGAGAUCCGGUCCAGCGGUGAUUUGUGGUCAGAGAUCUGCUCAGAUCUUCCAGAGCCAGUGGAGCACGGGACCACUGACGAACACUUCACAGAUUCAUUUCAGCCUCAGUGUCCUGUGAGCAACCAGAGCAGCUUCAUCCCUCCUAGCAACCUUAUGUCUUCCAGUCAGUGGGAACCGAUGGCAGAUUCUGCAGUCUACAUCGCCAGCUUGGAAAACCGUUUGAAGAGGAUUAAAGGUCAGUCAAAUGAAGUCACAUCCAGGGAAAUGCUGCGCUCAUUGUCUCAGGCCAAAAAGGAGUGCUGGGACAGGUUCCUCCAUGAUGCCCAGACUUCAGAGUUAUUCCAGGAAGGAGAUCUGGAUCAGAGUGCUUUGGAGCAGCUGAAGCGUUGGUUUUCUCCAGAGCGUGUAGCAAUCAGUGCAGAAGAGCUGGAGUACCUCCUAUUUCCGUCUAAGAGCAGAGAGAGCGCUCCACAUCACCCAUCCAGUAUAGGUUAUUCCACCGAAGAGCUGGACGAGGAAGAAUGUUCAAGUCCCGAGAAAUAAGUUGCAUCAUUCCCCCAUAGAUUGUAGUACCAUAAAGCAGGAGAUGGUCAUGUAUUUGAGAUUCCGUAGUAAUAAUGAAAAUGUUUUAAAGGAGAACACCACACUCAAAUGAAACUCACAUUAAAUAUGUUCAUAUUGAAAUAUCUGUACAAGUGAUUGGCUGAUCUUUUAUUGAUUUAUUGGUUGAUGCAGCAUUUUUUUUACAAGGGGACAAUUGCCGACACAGUUACAGUAGUGUUCAGAAGGAAGAAAAAAUGUGAGGUCCUAAAAACAAAAGAACAUUUUCUCACACACCAUUUUUAGUAACAUGAUAUAUCCAGGGGAGACAUUGGGCUCAGUUCCAUAAGCAUUGCAGUUAUAUGUUGCAAUAACAUUGCGUUGACUCCUGAAGAAGACUCACUUCAGCUAGUAAGUCAUCUAUAAUUGGAUAUAAACAGUCAGGUGUUUAAUGCAAUGUAGUGUGCACAGCCUUUUAUAUUCGACAGAUGUGGCUGUGUUCAAAAUAGACCAUUCAUGUAUAAUCUCAAAGUAAUUAGUAUACAGCUGUCAUCAAUUAAAUUAUUCUGAUUAAACUCAAAUAAAGAUCAA